AUGGUGGCCGAUACCAAAUACUACGACCUCUUGGGGGUUGAUGUGAAAGCCGACGACAAUGCAAUCCGGAAGCUGUACAGAAAGCUCGCUCUUAAGCACCACCCCGACAAGAACUCCCACCUUAGUCCUGAGGAAGCAGAGGCCAGCUCUGAAAAGUUCAAGGAAAUCACCCAUGCCUACGAAGUUCUCAGUGACCCUCAAAAGAGAGACAUCUACGACCAAUAUGGUGAAGAAGGGCUCAGCGGCCAAGGUGGUAUGGGCGGAAUGGGCGAUGAUAUCUUCUCGCAGUUCUUUGGUGGCGGCGGCUUUGGUGGCGGCCCUCAACGUCCUCAAAGAGGCAAGGACAUCAAGCACUCGCUUGCUUGCACUCUUGAAGAAUUAUACAAGGGCAGAACCGCCAAGUUAGCUCUUAACCGGUCAAUCUUGUGUGCUACUUGUACCGGGACUGGUUCCAAGGACGGUAAGCUGAAGAAAUGUACCUCCUGUAACGGUAUGGGUAUGAAGUUCGUGACCAAGCAAAUGGGUCCCAUGAUUCAACGUUUCCAAACUGUCUGUGACCAGUGUCAAGGUCAAGGUGACAUUAUCAGCCCUGAUGAUAGAUGUCCCACUUGUAAGGGCAAGAAGGUUGUUCAAGAACGCAAGAUCUUGGAAGUUCACAUUGAGCCUGGUAUGAAGGAUGGACAGCGCAUUGUUUUCUCUGGUGAAGGUGACCAAGAACCUGGCAUCACCCCUGGUGACGUGAUCUUUGUUAUUGAUGAGCGCCCUAACGAAAACUUUGUUCGCAAGGGUAAUGACUUAUACUACGACGCCGAAAUCGAUUUGCUCACUGCUUUGGCUGGUGGCUCCUUUGCCUUCAAGCACGUUUCGGGCGACUACAUCGAAAUCACUAUUGCCCCGGGUGAGGUGAUUGCGCCUAACACUGUCAAGGUCGUCGAGAACCAAGGUAUGCCCGUUUACAAGCAAUCCAGUCACGGUAACUUGUUCAUCAAAUUCUCUGUCAAAUUCCCCGAGAAUGGUUUUGUUGGCGAGGACAAAUUGAAGCAACUUGAAGACAUUUUGCCCCCUCGCAAACCGGUGGAAAUCCCUCAAGGUGCUCAAGUUGACAAGUGUGACAUGGUUGAUCCCGACCCUAGAAAGCACCAAGCCCGUUCGGGUCGUGAAGCGUACGACUCUGACGAUGAAGACCAGCACGGGGGUCCUGGUGUUCAAUGCGCAUCGCAGUAG